AUGGCGCCUAGCGGAGCCUCCGAAGAGGCGACACCCGUUGCUGAUACUUCUGCAGGAGCACCCGCAAUGCCCAAUGCAUCGAACAACAGUGAAAGCCCGCAGCUUAUGCAGUCUGUGGUGUCUGCACACCCCAGCCACGAGCCCGGCUCUACAUCGAGAACUUCUAAGUACGAUCGGGAGACAUGCUUCAUCCGACAGAUGCUGGGUGCUAUCGGCCGAUGCUGCGGCUUGGGAAAGGGAGGUUUGUGCAGGCGCUGGCUAACUUAUUUGGAGCGCCUUGAUGUCAGCUGGACCUGUGCUGAAGACAGAACUGCGGCGCUUGACAAGCAGACGCUGAGCACCAUGAAACAUACCUACUGGCUGUCUCGUAUAAACGGCGGCUUGCUCGGCUCCUCCGGCAUAACGCCUGCAUCCUUAUUUGUCUCUGAAACCAAAAAUGCGUUUGGUGACGUGAGAGGCUGGGAGAGAAUCAAGGCCUUACCUUCACUCUUUCUUUUCGUACCGCCCACAGACUCUUGGCUGAGAGUUUUCUCAUUUAUAGGUGCGAUCAACUAG